CCGCCCCGGCGCUGCCCGGAGCCGGCGGGGCGGGGCGCUGCCGCCCGCCCGCACUUCCGCGCCGGCGGCGGGCGUGAUGCUGUCUAUCAAUAAUUUUCAUUGAUGUUGUUAAAGAACAAACUAUUAAAAAUCCCUAAAUCCUACAAUAAAUAACUCUGGUUUUUAAAAUCUCACAGCUAAGCCAGGCACAUCCAAAUACUAAGAUUUGAACCCUUAUGUUUUAAGGAGAAGAGAAACUUGAUAUGGGGAAAAAAACCAUGAGGCUUCUCUGUGCUUCACUUUCUCUGGCCGUGAUAUGCUGGCUAGCUGAAGGUACCCUGUCAAAAACAGAUGCAAAGAAAGGUGCUACAAAAAAACUGGAGGAAAAGAAGCUGCAUUCUGAUAAAAGUGUUCAGGACCGGGGAUUGGUAGUUGUGGAUCCAAAAGCCAAGGAUAUUAUACUGGAACAUAAAAGUUAUUGCUCCAAGAACGUGAAGGAACGACAUUUCUCAGGAGAUGUUCUGGGAUAUAUUACUCCUUGGAACAACCAUGGCUAUGACAUUGCUAAAGUAUUUGGAAACAAGUUUACACUAAUCUCCCCAGUUUGGUUACAAGUGAAAAGGAGAGGGAAGGAAAGGUUCCAGUUCACUGGGCUCCACGAUGCUGAUCAAGGCUGGAUGAAAGAUGUGAGGAAAACCUCCAAAAACAUCAAAAUAGUGCCUCGAAUUUUGUUUGAUGGCUGGACUUACCAAGACUUUGAGAGUGUUUUUGGCAGUGAAGAUGAGAUAGAGGAGCUUUCCAAGAACAUGGUUCUGCUAGCAAAGAAUGAAAAUUUUGAUGGUUUUGUAGUUGAAGUUUGGAGUCAGCUGGGAAAUCAAAAGCAAACGGAGUUGAUUCACUUGCUCACUCACCUUUCUGAAGCUCUGCAUGAAGCACAACUUAAACUCAUACUGGUCAUCCCUCCUGCAGUUGCAGCAGGGACCAACCAGCCAGGAAUGUUCACAAAGAGAGAGUUUGAUCAGUUGGCCUCAGCGAUAGACAGCUUCAGUCUCAUGACGUACGACUAUUCAGCACCACAUCGACCUGGUCCAAAUUCCCCCCUUCCCUGGGUACGAGCUUGUGUUGAAGUACUGGAUCCUGAUUCAAAAUGGAGGAAUAAAAUUCUUUUAGGACUGAAUUUCUAUGGCAUGGACUAUUCUGCUUUGGGAACCUCUGGGGAGCCAAUCCUUGGCAGCAGAUUUCUGCUCAAGUUUUUGCAUAUGAAAUUUAUUGCAAGUACAAGUCUCCGGCAUGCCAGUGCUCCUUGGCACACAGUAAGGUACAUUGAAACCUUGAAGGAACACAAGCCAAAAAUUGUCUGGGAUGAACAAAUUGCUGAACACUACUUUGAAUACAAAAAAAAUAAGGGAGGAAAACAUGCAGUCUUCUACCCAACACUGAAGUCCAUCCAGUUGCGCUUGGAGCUUGCAAAAGAGUUGGGCACUGGAAUAUCCAUCUGGGAACUGGGACAAGGCCUGGACUAUUUUUAUGACCUGCUUUAAAAUCACAGAUGAUCUGAGAAAGACUUUAUUUGCUUCACUGAGGCUUCACCUUCAAUUAAUCUGGAUAUCCUGGAGAGAUGAUUUUUAAAAUAUUUUUUGUAUCAUAUCUGUAUUAAACUUGCAUUUUUUCCCAAUAAAGAAUCUUUUUUGAUUUGCCACACA